AUGGAUGAGCGAUUUGUUAAGCGCAAAAAUCAGCUUCUCCAGUUUGAGCAAAAUGUAAUGAAAGAAAAAUCAUUAGUUAAGAAAUUAGGGCAAAAGCUUCCUGAAGAUUCUAUUAGAACGCCUAAAAUUGGUGAAUGGUCGCUAUCACAUUCAGAUUCACUCGAAACAAUGAGUGUCAAGAGUGCUGAAGUUCCAUUUCCACGUUCUAAUAGUAAAACAAGCAUAGUUGAGCCUAAUGUAACAAAGAAAAAGAAUCCAAAUCCAAAAACAAGUCGAUCUAAAACAAGUUUAGCACCACCAUUUAUACCUCAUCAACCAAGACUUACCGAUUCUCUUCAAGGUGAAGUUGCAAACACUGUAUUUCCACCAGGAACUGUUACAACCAACUUAAAUGAUAUAUUAAAAUCGAAAUAUAAGCAACCCAUUAAACCACUACCACCAUUACAAGAAGAACUAUCGCAAGAAGAACCUCAGUUUUUACCAUUAGAAAUGUUCGAUGAUUUAACUUACCAAGAAUUCCCAAUUGACGUAUUAAUGAAAGAUCCAAUUGCCUAUUCUAAGUACCAGCAGCUCGAUGGCUCAUUUUACUGGGCCAAAUGUACAGUAUUAGAUUAUGAUGAUAAUUCCGGUUUAUUUUUGAUCGAAUGGGAUGGUACAGGUCGUCGUAAGAAAGUUGCCAGAUUCAAUAUCCGUUUCCGCAAAGAGAAUCUACAAAAAUUCCAAGACAGAAUCGCACACGCCAAAGAAAUGUGUGUCAGAGCGGAAACACAACUUAGAUUUGACUCCAGAGUUGCAAACAUGAGUACAGACAACAUUCCAACACUAUCUCCUGAUAAUAUACAAGCUUUCCAUGAUAAGCUCGAUAUCAAAAUGGGUCCAAAAGAUCAACAACUCCUUUCUCAACUUGACGAAGAAGUUACAAAUGAAUUUAAAUUCAUUAUCAAUAAAAUGGAGUUUGUAUCAGAUUUACAAACGAAUACUUCGAUACCUAAUAGAGAUGACUUCUUACUGAUACAGCCUAAACCUGCUCCAAUACCUAAAAAUGGUUUAGUUCCUCAUGAAAAAUUCGAUUUUAAUGCAAUUUUCGAACAAAUCAAAGCCAAACACUUAUACGCACAAAAAUCUGUUUUAAGAGGCAUUCAAACAAUCUGGAAGAUUUUCCAAGAUUCCGUUUCUUUGAAUUUUUUGGAUGACCACUACGAUCAAAUUGUUUCUCUUGAAGAUUUCAUGAAAAUGCAGAGAAAUACUUUGACAACAACUGCUUCAAGCUUCAAGAAACAAAUCCAGAACACUUUGGAAGGUGUUAUGGGUAAUACAAUGCCAAAUCAACUUGCAGCAAUGAAAAAGGACCGUGAAAUAUUUAAUAACAUGGUUUCUUUAACAACACAUAUGCUUCAUACUGUUCUUUUGACAAUUGUCAAUAAGAAUCUUCAAAGAUAUAAUACUUUGUUUUGUAGAUACACUGAGAAAACUGUAGAAAGAAUUCCUUCACAAUUCUCAGCAACAUUAUUAACAGAAAACAAACAUUUGACGUUUAAACCUUCUGUUGCAGAAUUUAAAGAAGGAUUUCUCAAAAUUUUGGAUGAAUUCGAGGAAACAGUUAAUGAUUUACCUGUUGUUAAAUCUGCAUUGGUUGAAGUGAACUCUUCUGCUGUUUCUUUUGAAGAUUGUUCAUCUCAAAUUAAAGAAGAACGAGAAAUGCUCACGAAAAUGCUUGAUACUAUCUUGGAGCAAAUGGACAGUUUCAUAAAAGAAAGAAGUUUCUUAGAAGGAGUUCUUUCUCUUGAUCCAAUUGAAUAUACAAAGAAUUUCGAUCCAAAUGGAACAAGAACACUUAAUGAAUACCGUGCACAAUUAACAGAAUUCAACAAAGUAUUAGGUAUAAUACAGAAUACAAUGAAAGAAGAUUAUCAACUCGGUGCAUUUUUUGUAUCUUGUGAAGAUUUCAAGAAAGAAAAAUCAGCUCAAAUCAAAGAACUAAUAUUCCAAUUCCUUACACGCAUAAAGACGCUUGCUUUGCAAGGAAUUUCUGAUUUGAAGACUGAAUUUGAUACAAUUGAAGUAACAUUGAAGAAAGUUCCUAAUACUCCUGAAGAAUUAGCGGCUAUGAAGAAGUAUCUUGAACAUGUUUACAAUUCCAAUAAACAGAGAACGAAUAUGAUGAAUAUUGCAAACGAAAGAUUUGCGUUUCUCGAAGAAUUCCAUUUCGAAACUACAAACGAAGAAGUUAACUUCCAUUACAACAUCAGACAAAUGCCACAAAAGAUCAUGGCUGAGAUGGAACAAACAGAAAGAACAUUAUCUGUCGAAAGAAUCAGAAUGGUUAGAGAACUUAGAUCGAAUCAACAAACUCUCGAAUCAGAAGUUAACGAUCUUACUGAAUUUUUGGCUGCUUUCGCUGCAAAAUAUACAGAUUUGGAUAUGACAAUCGAAGCUGUCGACCAAAUCAACGAAAUCGGUGCAAAACUCAAGAAGAUCAGAGAACAAAACGAUACAUACUCAACUCACGAGAAAUUGUUCGAUUUCGAAGUUGGAAUGUGCAAACCAUUGCAAAAACUUAUUGAAGAUUUCACUCCUUUAUCAAUAUUAUGGAAUCUUGCAUCAGAAUGGAACCAAACAUAUACAACAUGGAUGGAUACUCCAUUCCCACAAAUCAGAGCUGAUGCAAUGAAUCAAUUCAUGUCUCAAUCCACUAAAAAGAUCACAAAACUCAGGAAAGAUCUUGCUAAUCAACAUGUCUUGAUUACAAAAGUUCUUCAACCAUUAUCAGAACAAAUUGAUGCAUUCAAAACUCAUGUUCCUAUUAUUACAAGGCUCAGACACCAAGGUAUCAAGACAAAGCACUGGGAAAUCAUCUCAGAAGUUGUUGGUUUCAAAGUCAUGCCAUCAAUGGAGUUAACUCUCCAAAAUUUCCUCGAUUUGAAUCUCGAAAGAUGGAACGACAAAAUCACAGAGAUUGCAAGUGUCGCUGCUCAAGAAUAUUCAUUAGAAUUAUCAUUAGAUCAAAUGGAUGCUGAUCUUCAACAGAGGAAAUUUGUUACAGGAGAAUUCAGAGAUACAGAGUGCUUCAUUCUCCAUGAAAUUGAUGAUGUCACAUCUGUCAUUGAUGAUCAAUUAAUUACGACACAAACAUUGUUGACAUCUCCUUUCAUUGCUCCUGUAAAGAAACGCGCUACAGAUAGAUUGAAUUUCCUCAAGAUGUGCAGCGAAACACUCGAAGCAUGGAUAUUAUGUCAAAGAAGUUGGCUCUAUUUGCAGCCAAUUUUCACAGGAACAUCUAUUCAACAGAAAUUAUUGACAGAAGCAAGAGAUUGGGGAACGGCUGAUAAAUCAUGGCGAGAAAUAAUGGAAAUGACACAUGAACACUCAGAAUUCAACACUGUUAUGCAUAGAGAAGUUCUUUUACCAACAUUACAGAAAUGCAAUGAAUUAUUGGAUAAUAUCACGAAAGGUUUGAAUGAAUAUCUUGAAACAAAGAGAUUAGGAUUUCCAAGAUUCUUCUUCUUGUCAAAUGAUGAACUUAUUUCGAUUCUUUCUCAUACAAAAGAUUUCGACAAAAUACAGGAUUCAAUGCAGAAAUUGUUCGAGUACGUGAACUCUAUAACUGUUACAGAAAACAACGAAAUCACACAUAUGAACGAUUCUACAGGCGAAACUGUUAAAUUGUCGAAUAUCGUUGAUGGAAACACUCCUGAAAUUGAAGAUUGGUUGAAUCAUUUCGAGGAAGAAAUGAAGGCAACAUUAAAGGAUUAUGUCGCUGAUUCUAUUCCUGCUUAUGGUAAGAAGAAGAGAGAAUACUGGCUCACUGAAUUCCCUGCGCAAGUUGUUUUGAUGACAAACCAAAUCAUGUGGACACAACAAGUCACAAAUGUUUUGGCCGGCCAAAAAUUGAGAGGCUUGAAAGUUUUGAUGCAAAAAUUCAUCGAACAACUUGAAAGCCUUACAGCAUUAGUUAGACAACCAAUCUCCAGGCAAACAAGACAAGUUGUUUCUUGUUUGUUGAUCUUCGAAGUCCACAACAGAGAUAUAAUUGCUCAAUUGAUUGAAAACGAAGUUUCUGAUGUCGAAUCCUUUGAAUGGCAGAAACAAUUGAGAUAUUAUUGGGAUGAUGAAACAAUCAUGGUCAAAUCAAUCAAUAAUACUUAUGAAUAUUCAUAUGAAUACGCAGGAAACUCCGCGAGAUUGGUUAUUACUCCUUUGACAGAUAGAUGUUAUCAAACACUUUUAUCUGCUUUCAAACAAAACUUGAGCGGCGCUCCAAGUGGUCCAGCAGGUACAGGAAAAACAGAGACAGUUAGAGAUUGUGCAAAAGCUCUUGGUAGACCUUGUGUUGUAUAUAAUUGUUCUGAAGAAGUUACUCCUGAGCAAAUGUCUCAAUUCUUCGCUGGUUUGUCAUCAUCAGGUUCAUGGUCUUGUUUCGAUGAAUUCAACCGUAUUAACAUCGAAGUUCUUUCCGUCAUCGCUCAGCAAGUCAGAACAAUACAAAACGCAAUUUCUGAGAAUGCGGAUUACUUCCAGUUAGAUCAGAGAAGACUCAAACUCAAUGUCAAUGCAGCUAUUUGCAUUACAAUGAACCCAGGUUACGCAGGACGUACUGAAUUACCAGAUAACUUGAAAGCUGUGUUCAGACCAUGCGCUAUGAUGGUUCCUGAUUUCGUUUUCAUUUCAGAAAUCCUUCUUUUCUCCGGUGGUUUCAAAGAUGCUUCUGUUUUAUCUGUCAAACUUGUUGCUUUGUUUGAUUUAUGCAGAAAACAAUUAUCUAAUGCCCACCACUACGAUUGGGGCUUGCGUGCAAUGAAAGCUAUUCUUUCAACAGCAGGAAAGGCGAAAAGAAAUGACUUAAAUGCUGAUGAAGCAACACUUUUAGUUCAAGUCAUCAGAGAUUGUACAGCUCCUAAAUUAAUUUCAGCAGAUAUUCCUUUAUUCGCUGGAAUUAUUCAUGAUGUAUUUCCAAGUGUUACUUCCAAUAAAACGAAGAACGCACAGCUCAUUAAUAACCUCAAAGAUGCUUUUGUCGAACUCAAAUUACAGCCUGCACAGAUUUAUAUCGACAAAUGCAUAGAACUCUAUGAAACAACAUUGGUCAGACAUGGUAUAAUGUUGGUAGGAGGUUCAAUGGGUGGAAAAUCAUCAAGUUACAAAGCACUUGCAAUUGCAAUGUCCAAAGAAAUGGAAGGUGUUGAAACAAAGCCUGUGAAAUACGACAGAUUGAAUCCUAAAGCAAUUUCAAUCGCUGAAUUAUAUGGUUCAUUCAAUCCUGUCACAAGUGAAUGGGCUGAUGGUGUUCUUUCAAAGGCUAUAAGACAAGCAAGUUUCUCUGAUCAGUCCGAGCUCAAGUGGAUCAUUGUUGAUGGACCUGUCGAUUCAUUAUGGAUUGAAACAAUGAACUCUUUGUUGGAUGAUAACAAAGUUCUUUGUCUUCCAAACAACGAACGUAUCCAAUUAGGUCCUCAUGUUAAAAUGGUCUUCGAAGUUGAUAAUCUCGAUGAAGCUUCUCCUGCUACUGUUUCUCGUUGCGGUAUGAUUUACUACGAUCCAAGUGUUCUUCCAUGGUCAGCUUUGACUGAAACAUGGUGCAACAAAUACGAAGAAACUGCUGCAGAUUUGAUGACAAGUUUGAAGACUUUGUUUGAUAAUUAUUUGCCGAAAUUGAUACAAUUCAUUGAAGUUGACUCAAAGAACGCUUUCGAAGUCAAUUCUAAUUAUUGUGUCAAUAACAUGUUGAAGCUUUUGGACUGUUUCAUGCAGUUAAAGAGAGAAGAAGUUCAAACACAAGGUGAAGGAGAUGAAAUAAUUAAAUCAGAUCCAUUGAACCAAGAAGUUUUCUCUUCUGUUUUCACACCACAAGAAAACAUCCAGUUCUUUACAAAUGAUAUGUUAAAGGCUGUUAUGGAACGUGCUUUCUUGUUCUGCUGCGUUUGGGCAUUUGGUGGAAUUGUUUCACAAGAAUCUCGACCAAUUUUCGAUAAUUUCUUCCGAGAUUUAUGCACAAACAACCAAUCCAACUGUGUCUUCCCACAAAAAGAUACAGUUUUCGAUUAUUACGCUGAUUUCGGACGUAUGGAUUGGGUUCCAUGGGUUGAUGGAACAACAAAUAUUAAUUUAACACAGAACCUUCCAAUAGAAAAGCAAUUCUAUCCAACAAAUCAAAACGCUGCUCCUUUGUUCUUCUCGAGAUUGUUGCUGAGUAACCAUCACAGUGUUUUACUUCAAGGUCCCGAAUCAUCAAAGACAUUGAUAGGAAAAACACUUAUUGGAAGUGUUUUGGAUCCAGCGAAAUUCCCAUCAUAUGUUUUACCUUUAGCGCCAAGUACACAACCAUCAAACAUUUCCAAGUUUAUGUUACAAUUCAUGCAUAAGAAACUGGGAACAUUCGGACCUCUUCCUGGCCAGCAUUUCUUGUUCUUGAUUGAUAAUUUGGGAUCAGUCAAACCAGAAAUAUAUGGUGCACAACCAGCAUUAGAACUCCUAAGACAAUUCUUUGAUCACGGAGGCUGGUUUAAUACAUCUCCUGUUGAAUUCUUGAAUAUCAUUGGUACAUCGAUAUUGGCAACAACAGGAGUUGCAGGAGGUGGUAUGUAUGGAUUACCACAUAGAUUAACUCGUCAUUUCUUCACAAUUCAUCUUCCUAAAUACGAAAUGUCGACAAUUCAAAAGAUUACUGAAGAAUUAUUGAAUUGGAACAUGAAAGAUGCAUCUAUUACAAUCAAGAACAUGAUCCCACAAGCAGCUGAAGGAAUCAUUAAAUUGUUUGAACAAUGUCAAUUGAGAUUGUUACCAAUUCCAUCUAAAUUACAUUACAUUUUCAAUCUCAGAAACAUUGUUCACAUAAUAAGAGGAAUUUGCUUAGUAAAUACACAAAAUUUGGCAACAGAAGGUGAAUUCCAAAGAUUAUGGAAACAUGAAAUCACAAGAGAAUUCACAGAUAGAUUCAAUUCAAUCAAUGACAGGAAAUGGUUUGAUGGAGAAGUUGCUAAAGUAUUAGCUGAUGUGUUUAAGACACAAUAUCAAUCACCAGGAGAAUUCCUUCUCUUUAAUACUUUCGCUGAUAAUUCUGGAAGAUACAAAGAAGUUACGAAAUCAUCCGAUGAAUUAGUUAAAUCAUGUAAUUUAACAUUGGAUGAACACAACAGAGAUGCCUCCAAACCAAUUGAUAUUGUCCUCUUCCAAGAAGCUGUUGUUCAUCUCAGUGCUUUAACAAGAAUAUUCGCUUCAAUAGGAGGACAUGCUUUGUUAGUUGGUGUCAAAGCUAGUGGUAGAAAAUGUUUGGCAAGAUUGGCAAUGUACAUGAGUAACAUUGAACCAUUCGAGAUUGCUAUAACAAGAACUUAUUCUGUUGCUGAAUGGCAUGAAGACUUAAAGAACCUGUUAAAGAAAUGCGGAACAGAAGAUGUCCAAACAGGAUUCAUUAUUUCAGAUGUCCAAAUAAUUAUGCCUCAACAACUUGAAGACAUUUCGAACUUGAUGAUUAAUGGUGAAGUUCCUCAACUCUAUGAAAGAGAUGAAGUAGAAGCCAUCAAAGCAGAACUCGCAGGAAAAGACAUGGGGUUAUCAAACCACAUCACAGAUUAUUGGGAUUUGUUUGUUGAAAGGAUAAGAAAGAAUUUACACGUAAUCAUGGCUUUUUCACCAUACGGACAAGUCUUCAAGGAUUCAAUGAUUUCUUAUCCAGCAAUAAGAAACGAGUCAACAAUCGAUUGGUACAUGCCAUGGUCCCAGAACGCCUUGGAAUCUGUUGCAAGAGCAUCAUUAACUAAAAGUGGUGUUGUUUCUCCUGAUAACAUCAAAUCAAUCAUCACUGUUUUAGUUAAAAUGCAUAAAUCAGUUGAAGGAAUUGCAGACAGAUUCCUUAAAGAAACAAAACGUUUCACCGCUGUUACUCCUUCGAGAUACUUCGAAUUAUUGGCAACUUUCUCAGCAAAUUUAUCUCAGAAAGGCCAAGAAACAGGAAAUCUUAUAAAUAAUUACGAAGGUGGUGUCGAAAAGAUCAAAACAACAAGAGAACAAAUCCAACAGAUGUCUAAAGAACUCGACCAAAACAUUCCUGUCCUCAAGAAGACAAGAGCUGAAUGCGAGCACAUGCUUGAAGAACUCAAAGUCAAAUCAGCAGAAGUCGAAGAGACAAGAAAAGAAGUCGAAGGACAAAGAGAAAAUGCAGAGAAAGAAGCUGAAGAAGCUACAAAGGCAAACUCUGUUGCUCAAGAACAAUUCAAGAAAGCACAACCUUUGUUACAAGAAGCACAAGAUGCUGUGUUAAGAUUAGAUAAAGAUUCUCUUUCGAAUAUCAAGAAAUUGCAUGCACCUUCAAGUGGUAUGAUUGAUACCUUUGAAGCUGUUUGCAUCAUGUUCGGACGUAGACCAAGAGUUGUUAAUGGUCCAACACCUGGUUCAAAGGAAGAAGAUUAUUGGCCAGAAGUUAUUUCGUUGUUGAAUGAUAUCGGUUUCAUUAAAAACGUACAAAACUUCAGAAUUGAAGAUCUCAAGAAAGAAACAAUCAACAAACUGAAGAAAUACGUUCCAACGGAACCAGAUCAAAGAGCUGAGAAGAAGUCAAUUGCUAGUGGUUCAUUUGCAGCUGUUGGUGCUUUGUAUGAUUGGGUUUGUGCUUCAUUUGAUUAUUGGUUCGUUUUCCAGCAAAUUUUGCCACUCAGAAACGCAGCUGAAGAAGCAGCAAAGAAACUCGAACAAUCGAAACAAAUGCUCGCAAAAGCACAAGAACACUUAGACCAAGUCGAAGCAACACUCAAGAACUUGAGUGAUUCAGUCAAAGCCCAGAAAGAGAAAGAAAAAGAACUUGCUGAAAGUGUCGCAAAUACUCAAGCGAGAUUAGAAAGAGCUGAGAAGAUAAUGAGUGGAUUAUCAGGAGAAACAGCAAGAUGGGAAGAAACAGCACAAAAGUUACAUAAUACUGCCCAAUUCAUUCUUGGUGAUUCAUUGUUGAUUUCAGGUGUUUUGACAUAUAUCGGUGUUUUCUCACCGAAAUUCAGAAUCGACAUCAUUAAUGAAUGGAAAGGUUUCUUGGAUACCGAGAAAAUUGCUUAUACAAGUGAUUUCUCCAUUCAAGCAGCUCUUGGUAAUGAUGGCGUCAUCAGAGAUUGGAUAGUUAAAGGUUUACCAAAUGAUACAAACUCAAUUGAAAACGCUUUGAUUAUUACAAAGAAUCAAUCAUUCCCAUUGUUAAUUGAUCCACAAUUAAGUGGUACUAAAUGGUUGAGAGCUGUUGAAGGAGAAAAAAUGAAUGUCCUUCAAUUCGAUCAAAGUGAUUUCCUCCAAAGAUUGAAGAGUUGUGUCAGUUUUGGUUUGCCUGUUUUGAUUGAAAACGUUGGAUUGAAACUAGAUCCAUUGUUAGAUCCAAUUCUUUCACGUGAAAUACACAAUGUUGAUGGCAUCAAGAGAGUUUCUCUUGGUGGUGAAUCAAUUGCUUAUUCAGAUUCAUUCAGAUUGUAUAUUUCCACGAAAUAUCCAAAUCCUCAUUAUUCUCCUGAAGUUUGUUCACAAGUUUCAUUGAUUAACUUCACAACAACACAGUUUGGAUUAACAGAUUUGUUGUUGAAUAACCUGAUUGAAGUAGAAAGAAGUGAUUUAGAUGAAAAGAGAGUUAAAAUCAUGGAAGCAUCAGCUGCAAAUACGAAGAAACUGAAAGAAAUCGAAAACGAAAUUCUCAAUAUUGUUUCAAAUGCUGGUAGUGAUAUUUUGGAUGAUGAUAAUGCUAUUAAGACUUUGCAAAAAGCUCAAGCAACAUCAAAAGAUAUUGCUACACAAAUGGAAGCUUCUUUGGAAACAGAAAAACUCAUCAAUGAAUUCAAAGAAACUUUCUCCCCUGUUGCAGAAAGAGCUGCUCUUUUGUAUUUCUGUAUUUCUGAUUUCUCUGUUAUUGAUCCAAUGUAUCAAUUCUCUCUUAAAUGGUUUGUUGAACUGUUCAGACAAGCAAUUAUUGAUUCCCCUCAUCCAGAAGACAACGAAGAAAAGAUCAAAGAGUUCCAUCAAACAAUUGCAACUCAUUUCUACGAAAGUGUUUCUUAUUCAUUGUUCUCAAGACACAAAUUGUUGUUCUCUACUUUGAUGUCAAUCAGAAUCGGUUUCGCAACGAAACAAAUAAGUGGAAGUGAAUUGGCUUUCAUGCUGUCUCCUCCUGUUUCUAAUGAACCAAAUCCAACGAAUUUCUUACCAGAUGAUGUUUGGUCAAUCGCUGUAAAUCUCAGCAAAGCAGCACCUGUUUUCGAAGGACUCCUCAAAUCAUUGGAACAGAAACCUCAAGAAUGGGCAAACUACAUGGAUUCGCCUACUCCUGAGACAGAAAAACUUCCUUUCGAUGCAGAAUUGUCGCCGUUCGAGAAAUUAUUAGUUUUGAGAGUUUUCCAUUUACAAAGAGUACGUGAAGGAUUACAUAUAUUCAUUGAGAAUUCAAUGGGUAAAGAGUUCGUCACUCCUCCAACUCUCAAACUCCAGAAUGUCUUCAAGAACAGCAAUCCUCUUUCUCCAUUGAUUUUCAUCAUCAUGCCAGGUAUCGAUCCACAAGAUGAAAUCAUAAAUGUCGCAAGAACAAUGGAAGCUGACAAGUACUUCAAGUCAUAUUCACUUGGUAGAGGUCGUGGACAAGGAGCAGAAGAAUUAAUUGCAGAAGCUUCUUCAAAUGGUUACUGGGUUUUGCUACAAAACUGCCAUCUUUCUUUGUCAUGGAUGCCGAGACUUGAGAACAUUAUAAACAAUUUAGAUCCAAAGACUGUCAAUCCUCGAUUCAGGAUCUGUUUAGUUACAAUGUCAAGUCCUCAAUUCCCAAUUGGUAUUUUGUAUCAAGGCACAAAACUUAUUUACGAAAUUCCAAAGGGAAUGAGAGAAAACGUUAUGAGAAUUUACAACGGUUUCAAUGCGGAAGAAUACGAUUCCAACGAGAAUAUCAUUGAGAAGAAACUUGGUUUCCAUUUGGCAUUCUUCCACGCUGUUGUUCUUGAACGUUUGCAGUUCGGAUCAAUCGGAUGGAACAUUCCUUACGAAUUCAAUCCAAGUGACUACAACAUUUCCCUCAAACACUUGAAGAUCUUCUUGGGAGAAAGCACUGAUGGUGAAGUUCCUUUCGAAGCACUUUCUUAUGUCAUCGGUGAACUCAAUUACGGUGGAAGAGUUACAGAUCGUUGGGAUAGAAGAUUGUUGUUGUCACUUUUAGGAAGAUAUUUCAGUCCUGAAGUAAAUCAACCGAAUUUCUCAUUCGGUGAAAGAUACAAAGCACCGCAUUACAGAGGCUCAUUGAGUGAAUUGUUACAAAUCAUCUCAGAAUGGCCUGUUGUUACCGCAGGUGUCGAUGUCGGUCUUUCCAAGAAUGCAAGUACAAUCAUUGCAAGAAAUGAAGCAUUGUCAAUUUUCUCAUCAUUGAUUGAAGUCCAGUCAACAUUAGUUGCAGCAACUGAUUCUAUAUCUGAAGAACAGUUCGCAAUUAAUCUUGUUGAGUCAUUGAUAUCAGAUGUUCCUAAGCCAUUCAACAUAUUCCAGUUCAAGAAGAAAUUCCCAGCAGAUGAAAUGAUGACAACAGUUUUGUUGCAUGAAAUUGUUUUGUACAACAAUCUUAUUGAAGUCAUUUCUGAGUCGUUACAAGCUAUGAGGAAUGGACUUAAGGGUUUAAUCAUGAUCGAUGAAAGACUUGAAACAUUGAACAAGAGAUUAUUGGCAAACAAAGUUCCAGAAGAAUGGCUUGAAAAGUCAUUCCCUUCAAUCUUAAAUCUUAGAGCUUACAUGGCAGAUUUGAAACAAAGAGUUGCAUUCCUUGAUAACUGGGUUAGAAUGGGUGCUCCUGUUGUUUACAGGUUAGGAGCAUUCUUCCAUCCUGAAGAGUUCCUCACUGCGAUCUUGCAGCUCUAUGCAAGAAGUCAUUCAGUUCCAUUCGAUACAUUGAAAUGGAAGACAACAUGUUUGUCAGAAAUGUCUCCAGACAAAAUUGUUUCUGAACCAGAAGUUGGAAUUUACAUCGAAGGACUUCCUCUUGAAGGUGCAAGAUGGGAUGAACAGAAGCAAUGUCUUGCGGAAUGUGGUCAGAGACAGUUAAUUUCAUCACUGCCUGUUAUGCAUUUAGUUCCAACUGAUGAAAAGAAUUUAUAUGAUCCAAAUGUCACUUACGAAUGUCCUGUUUUCAGAACACAAAACAGAGGAACAGGAGCUCUCGAUCUUCCUAACUACAUUGUAUCUUUGUUCCUUCCAACACCUCAGAUUGUUCCUGAUCACUGGAUACAAAGAUCAGUUGCAGCAUUCAUUACAACACAACAAUAA